AUGCACACCGCACGAGCACCAUUCAACACCGCCAAAGCAGACAUAGUCAUCCGCUCAUCUGACAACGUGUAUUUUCGUGUAUUUAGAUGUCUGCUCGCUCUUGCCUCGCCAUUCUUUGACGCCAUGUUUGAUCUUCCGCGACCUCUCACAGAAAUACCCGACUACGAGACCUAUGACGGUCUAGAAGUGAUACCAAUGACAGAGGGAAGUCGGACAAUUGACAUGAUGUUGAGAUUCUGUUAUCCAGUGCCUUCCGUUGGAAGCCCAAGACUGGAUAAUUUGACGGAUAUAGAGAAUUUGUUGGAGGCAGCCAUAAAGUAUUCGAUGGAUGGGAUCGAGAAGAAAGCCAGCGAAGCGCUCAUUUCUCGUCAUCUUCUGGAGAAGGAGCCCCUUCGAGUGUUCGCAAUCGCCUAUCGGUAUCGUCUCGAACGAGAAGCCAGGAUUGCUGCAAGGUAUACGUUGCACAAAUCACCAUUUCCACUAGACAGCCCCGAGCUACGAUACAUUCCACCGCAAGACCGGCUUAAGCUCGCGGAGUAUCGUAAAAAAUCUAGCGCAGCUAUUCGGUACUUAACGACGAGUUUAGAAUGGAUAAAGCGCUCGGAGACUCACCAGUUCUACGAAUGGUGGACGAGCUGUUGCCAGUGUCGUAGCAAAUGCGACGUCAGAUACCUACUACACAGCACAUAUGCGCGGGAGUGGUGGGCAGAGUACAUGGAGGAGAGUACAACGGCAUUACAAGAGAGGCCAUGUGGUCAAGUGGUAUCUGAACCAUUGACGAAAGCCUUGGAACGUGCCAAUGAGUGCCCUGCGUGCAGGCGGAGAGCUUAUACACAGAUGAUGGAAUUUACGACGAGAUUUGCAGACGAGAUCGAGAAAACAAUAACCGAAGUGAGUGGAUGUUUCCAUCCAUCUUGA